GUGGGAUCGUUUAGUUACAAUGUGGAGGUUGCAAGGCGGUCUUUGAGCAUCUGCUACCUCUAGAAAAUAUAGGCCAUUGUCCUUGAAUACAGUUUUAUUGGGUUUUUCAACAGCUUCAUUGCAUUACUAAAAUAUCGCAUCGUGUAAUCUCAACCAUGAUGUUUUAAUGCAAGGGACAGUAUUAAAACGAAUGCCAGAUUGUGCACAGCAGCAGUGAUACAGCAAAUUUAGAGUGGACAGCAUCCGCACAGGGAGCAGGACAAAAUGGCUGAUAAGAGUGACCUGAAAGCCGAACUUGAGCGCAAAAAACAGCGCCUUGCUCAAAUCAGAGAGGAAAAAAAGAGAAAGGAAGAAGAAAAAAAGAAAAAAGAGUCAGAGACCCAACAGAAAGCAGAAACUGCCCCUGAGGACUCAGAUUUGGACCGUAAGCGCAGGGAGACGGAGGCCCUUCUCCAGAGUAUUGGAAUCUCACCAGAACCUUCAUUAGUCCCAACACCAAUGUCCCCAUCAAAGUCUAUGAGCACACCCAGUGAGACAGGCAGCCAGGAUUCGGUGGAUGGUGCAACUGCUGGCAGGACCCUGCAGUGGGACACUGACCCCUCUGUUCUCCAGCUGCAGGCAGACUCUGAGCUCGGGCGCCGGACACACAGGUUGGGGCCAUCUAAGAUAACUCAGGUGGACUUCCUUCCCAGAGAAGUGGUGUCCUACUGUAAAGAGACACAGACACCUUUAGCAGCCCAUCAGUCUGAAGAAGAUGAGGAGGAGGAUGAGGAGGUCACAGAGUCGAAAGUUGGCCCAGAAACUUAUCAACAGGAAGAAGAGGAAACCAUGGACACCAAGGAAGGCCACCUGCGGGAGCUGACGGAGGAGGAGAAACAGCAGGUUCUGCACUCUGAGGAGUUCCUAAUCUUUUUCGACCGCAGUAUUCGUGUGAUGGAGAGAGCUUUAGCUGAGGACUCCAACAUCUUCUUUGACUACAGCGGACAAGAUCUGGAAGAUAAAGAGGGAGAUCUGCAGGGUGGCUCCAGUCUCUCCCUCAAUCGUCUGUUCUAUGAUGAGCGCUGGUCAAAGCAUCGGGUCAUCACCUGUCUGGACUGGUCCCCUCAGUACCCAGAGCUCUUGGUGGCCUCCUACAACAACAAUGAAGAUGCUCCUCAUGAGCCAGAUGGUGUGGCUUUGGUGUGGAAUAUGAAAUUCAAGAAGACCACACCAGAGUACAUCUAUCACUGCCAGUCUCCAGUGGUGUCUGUGGGUUUUGCUCGGUUUCAUCCUAACCUGUUGGUGGGUGGCACAUACUCAGGGCAAAUUGUUCUCUGGGACAACAGAAGCCACAGGAGAACACCAGUCCAGAGGACCCCCCUGUCUGCUGCUGCACACACACACCCCGUGUACUGCGUAAAUGUGGUUGGCACCCAGAACGCCAACAACUUGAUCACUGUAUCCACAGACGGCAGGAUGUGUUCCUGGAGUCUGGAUAUGCUGUCACAGCCUCAGGAGAGCAUGGAGCUGGUGUAUAAUAAAUCUAAGCCAGUGGCCGUGACUGGGAUGGCCUUCCCUACUGGAGAUGUCAAUAAUUAUAUAGUUGGCAGUGAGGAGGGAACGGUGUAUACAGCAUCCAGACAUGGCAGAACUGCCACACACUGGAUGUUUUUUGUUUUUGGCACCAUUCUGAGUAAACUCUACAGACUGUUGUGCGUGAAAAUCCCAGGAGAUCAGCAGUUACAGAAAUACUCAAACCAGCCCAUCUGGCACCAACAAUCAUGCCACGGUCUAAAUCACUUGAUCACAUUUUUUCCCCAUUCUGAUGGUUGAUGUGAACAUUAACUGAAGCUCCUGACCCGGAUCUGCAUGAUUUUAUGCACUGCAAUGCUGCCACAUGAUUGGCUGAUUAGAUAAUCUCAUGAAUAUUUAGGUGUACAGUGCUCAGUAAUAAAGUGCUCAGUGAGUGUACAUCAUAAUAUAGUUAUUUUUGCUGGAUAUUAAAAAAAAUGGUUUAUCUUAGAAAUAACAAUGUGGUAAUGGCUAAUUUAUCAUAAUCAAGUGAAUUAAAUACAUUACAAAUGAUAGAAAGGCCUAUAUCAUUUUUUUAUUCUUUGGAACUUGUUACAUGCAUGUAUGAAUCUUGUCAACAAAAUUGCUGCCGAAAAAGUUAGUUGACGAAAUGUUAUUUGUAGAGCUCUCAAAGUUAACGCGUUAACGCAUGCAAUUCAUUUAUAAAGUUUAAUGAGUUAUUAUUUCUUAAUCAUGAUUAAGACAUUUACCGUUAUUAAAGCAUGAACCAGCAUAUAAACUGGUCGGAGCAGGGCUGAACCUUUGUGAUGUGUCCACCUGGAGUCAUUACACUGAUGCACACACCACAAACACACACACCAGUCAUGUCAGUGAUCAAAUGAUGGAGAAGGAGCUCUCAACACUAUUUGUUGUAUAUAAGUCAAGUCAAGUCAAGCGGUGCUCGACGCUGGCAUUGACGCUGGCAUUGACGCUGGCAUUGACGUCCUGAUGCGAAUGGAGAAUGCGGCUUCAUGGUUGCUUUAGCAAAAGGGAUGGCCACAGCCUGUGGAGGAUGAGAGUUUAAGAGAUUUAAUGAGCAUUGCAAUGAAUUUGCAACCUAAGAUUGCAUAUUUCUUUCUAUUAGUCAACCUCCCACUUAGACUUUGGGAAAUGUUUAUUGUUACUUGAACUGGUGCAUUUCUAUCUUUUUUAACAUUUUCCAAACAAAGCCUUCCACAGUAUAAAACAUUAUAUUGUUACACAUUGUUUUGUUUCCUUUCCUAAGAAGGAAAUAAGUGCAUUUUGACAGUAAAAUAAGAAUAUAUAGAGUAAAAUUUCUGCACUUUAAAAAUCUGUGAUUAAUCACGAUUAACAAUUUUAAUCGACUGACAGCACUAGUUUUUGGAUUUUGUCAAUGAUAACAAAGACGAGAGGAAAAAGAGACAUCAUGAGGAUAAUCAAACGGUUUUAAUUAAACCUGUAGAUGAAAAAGCAUGUCUAAACAUGAGGAAUUCACAUCAGAGAAACUUCUAAAAAGUAGCAAAUACUUCAGUAUAUUCAUUAUAUGCUAUUAUUUCAGGAGCUCAGGACAGUUUUAUCAUGUUGUUUAAUCUUACAUAUUAAAGAUUUUAAUUUGAAACGUUUAAAUACUUGUAAGUAGUUUAGACAUUUAUCAGUUUAUUUGAAUAUUUUGUUGAAGUUUAGUGUGUUACCAUUUUAUUCAUUUAUUUGUCAUUUCGCACAUUAUUGUCAACUAAAAUGUUAUGUUGAAAGUAAGAAAUUUUCAUCAAAAAAUGUAAAGAACAUUAUGAAAGUAACACUGGAUACAUGCAAAACAAAAGGUAAGAUUAUCCAUAAAUUAAAAUAAUAAGUCUGGAAUCAGUUGUCAUGUGUAUUCUGUUGAUUCAUGUCUUUUAUUUUGAAAUGUUUAGUUCCUGUUUCCCUUGUCAUGUGAUUUCUGUUUUCCCUCCAUGUUCAUGUGUCAUGUUUUCAUUGGUUUAUUGUUUAAUUAGCUUGUUAUGAGUUCUGUUUGUUCAUUGGUUUAUGUUCUCCCAUGUCUUGUAUUUAAGCCCUCAUGUUUGCAUUUUCUAG